CUCUGUUUUCCUGUGCUUACAAAAGCCUGUGUGCAACUUCCUGCAGAACUUGAACCCCCACACACUCAGUCACACACACACACGCACACACACAGCUACCUCUUAACAACAGCUAUCACUCGCACUCACAACGAGCAAGCUUGCUCUACAGAAAGGAGGCAAUGAGCAGCGGGGUGUGUUUUCCUGCACUGGGGCUGGUGGCCUGGCUGUGCUGCCUCAGACUGGGACCUGUUCAAGGAGGGAAGGUGCUGGUUGUGCCUGUGGAUGGGAGUCACUGGCUUAGCAUGAAGAUACUGGUGAAGGAGCUUACCCACAGGGGCCAUGAGGCGUUGGUGCUGGUGCCUGAAAGCAGCCUGUUGAUCCAUGGCUCAGACAGCUACAAGACUAAGAUCUACCAAGUGCCCUUCACCAAAGCCCAACUGGAUGGAGUAUUCAAGCAGCUGAAGGAUGGAGUUUUCGUCAAGCAACCAGAAAUCACAGAUUUGUUUAUCAAUGUGCAGCGUUUGGUUAACUUUACAUCGAUGCAGGUGAAAGCCUGCGAGAGUUUACUGAACAACCAGCCUCUAAUGAGUGAACUGAAGGAAGGGGGCUUCGAUCUUGUGCUUACAGACCCCUUCCUUCCCUGCGGCUCCAUCCUGGCUCAUGUCUUUUCCAUUCCAGCUGUUUAUUUCCUGCGUGGACUUACAUGUGAGCUGGACUCAAAGGCUAACCAGUGCCCCACUCCUCCUUCUUACGUCCCUGCGUUCUUCACUGGUAAUACAGACAUCAUGACCUUCCCACAGAGAGUCAAAAACAUGAUUAUGUUCAUUGUGCAGUCCUACAUGUGCAACGUCAUCUAUUACCACUUUGAGGAUCUGGUCAGCAGGUACCUAGAGAACAUGACCUACAAGGGCCUUCUUAGUAAUGGCGCAAUCUGGCUUCACAGAUAUGACUUUACUUUUGAAUGGCCCAAACCUAUCAUGCCAAACAUGGUUUUUAUUGGAGGGAUCAAUUGUGAACUGAAAGCUCCUCUGCCAGCGGACUUAAAGGAGUUUGUGGAUGGCUCAGGAGACGCCGGCUUUAUCGUCUUUACCAUGGGCUCCAUGGUAUCCAACAUGCCAGAGAAGAAGGCUAUGCAGUUCUUUGAUGCCUUUCGGCAAAUUCCUCAAAGGGUUGUUUGGAGAUACACUGGAGUCUUACCUGAAGAUGUACCCAAGAAUGUGAGACUUAUGAAGUGGUUACCUCAGAAUGAUCUCCUCGCCCAUCCCAAAGCUAAAGUCUUCAUCACUCACGGAGGUACCCAUGGUAUCUAUGAGAGUAUCUGCAAUGCUGUACCCAUGUUGAUGUUUCCACUGUUUGGGGACCAGGGGGACAACGUACAUCGUAUGGUGUCCCGAGGUGUUGCAGAGAAGCUCGCAAUUUAUGAUAUGACAACUGAUACCCUUUUGGUUGCACUUAAUAAUAUCAUCAAUGACAAAAGUUACAAAGAGAAGAUGGUGACGCUGUCUCAGAUACACCUGGACCGCCCUGUCCAGCCUUUGGACCUGGCUGUCUUCUGGACGGAGUUCGUCAUGAGACACAAAGGAGCUGCACAUUUAAGGGUCGCUGCACAUGACCUGAACUGGAUUCAGUACCACAGCCUGGAUGUCAUCGGCUUUUUUGCCAUCGUUCUCAUCACCGUUCUGUGGAUGACAGUGAAAUGCUGCUUGAUCUGCACUCGCAUGUGUUUCAGAAAGGGGGCUCCAAAGAGAAAGAAAGAGUAGUGUUUCUAUAAAACGCUCAUUUGUUCUAUAAGCUAUGUAAGGAAAUGAAUAGUGGAGUUAUUUGAUUGCAUGUGUGCAUAUGUGUGCGUGUGUGUGGUGUAAAUGAUGUCAUGAUUUUAUCUGUAAUCAUGUUUUUGUACAAAAAAAUCUAUUUUGGAAAAAGUACACUUUAGACUGUAGUGAUCUUGGGCAAUAUAAAUAAAGUUGAAUUAAAUAGACA